UCUUACAAUGGUCUCACAAUAAGGAUAACCUAGUUCCUCGAUAAACGAUUUCUUAACAUUUGAACAUGAAAGUAACGCUUGGCACAUGGCACAUCACAUUUCUCUUCCUAAGUUUAGUGACAACAAUUCAGACUAAGAUCUCUCAAGCGGCGUUCAAAGGAGACAAAACAUCUAAAACGACAAGUAAAAGUCACCAACAUCACAAAGCGGAGGUGAAGAAGGAAAAACGUUUUAUGAACGAACAUUCUCCGAAAGGCAGGGUAGUUUAUUCAUUCGUAACGGACAGGAACCGAUAUUUGCCGAGAAGGCCGCGCCUGUAUCGAGCUUUCGUUGUUAGGCGUCCUUUAACAGUGCAACAAUCGAUAGAAAACGCUAACACGCGUCAAAACAUUCCUUUCAUGGAGGUGGAACCUACAUAUCAUCAACAGCUUGUAAGAGUUCGUCCCAUUUCGCGACCAAUUUACUACUUGCAAGACACGCCUGAUGAACAAGAAGCAGAGUUCGAGGAUCCAUUGAAUGAACCUGUUACUUUGAUGCCUGAGGAAUUUCCAGUACAUAUCGACGGCUGUCGUCCUAAUCCAUGUUAUAAUGGUGGACGGUGUAAGAGACUCAGACAUGGAAGAUUUAGAUGUGUAUGCCAUAGAGGGUACAGUGGUAGAUUAUGUAAUGUGCUGCGAACAAAAUGUAAACCGAACCCUUGCAUGAACGGAGGAACCUGCACUCAGCUGAAUGGAGGCUUCGAGUGCACAUGUUCAUUUGGCUACAAAGGAGAAACGUGCAGUCAGGAAGCCAAGUGUGGAAAUAAUCCGUGUCAGAAUGGAGGCUCGUGUACCGAGCUGGACACGGGCUUCCAGUGUAGCUGUGCUCCUGGGUAUCGUGGGAAAAAAUGUCAAGAAAUAAGCUACUGCUACAAGACACCCUGCAGAAAUGGCGGAACUUGUACUGAAACAGACACUGGGUUCGAGUGCGUCUGUCCAUCACAGUGGAACUGUAUCGACUGCAGCUGUAGCGCUGUUAAUGGUAUAAAGCAUUCUCUGGAUAAUUGUUUACCAAAUCCCUGCCAAAAUGGAGGCACCUGUUUUUCUACUCAUGAUGGCUUUAAAUGUCUCUGUAUGCAAGGUUACAAAGGAAAGUCAUGUGAAGCGGUUCAAUAUUGCAAUACUGAACCAUGCCUGAAUGGUGGAACAUGCAAAGAGACCGCAACGAGUUACAUCUGCCUUUGUAAAAGUAGAUUUCGAGGAAAAAACUGCGAUGUGGAAAACCAUUGCCGACCUAAAAACCCAUGCGAGAAUGACGGUUUAUGUGUAGAACUGGAAGAUGAUUAUAAAUGCAGGUGUAAAAUCGGAUAUCGCGGAGUCAACUGCGAAGAAAAGGAGUAUUGCAUUCCAAAUCCCUGCAAGAAUGGGGCAACCUGCACCGCUGAACAGCAAGGAUAUACGUGUUUUUGUCAGCCUGGCUUCAGAGGAGAAACAUGUCAAAUCCGGGAAAUGUGUGCCUCCAAUCCAUGUCUGCACGAAGGAACAUGUAUAGAAAUGGAUAACAAUACCUUCAAGUGCCUCUGCGUAGCAGGUUGGAAAGGAGAACACUGUCAUGAUAAGGAUCUUUGUGUUCCAAAUCCAUGCAAGAACGAAGGUCAUUGUGAAGCACAUGAAUUCUCCUUCCAAUGCCACUGUGCCCUUGGCUUUAAGGGAAAUAAUUGCGCAGCAAAAGAUCCUUGCAGCCCGAAUCCAUGUCACCAUGGGGGCCACUGUCUCAGCCACAGUGAAGUUGAUUAUGAGUGUGAAUGUGGAAAAGGAUACACUGGAGUAAAGUGUGAGAGAGUAAACCCUUGUUACCCAAACCCCUGUAAAUAUGGAGGAACUUGUCAAACAACAACAGAUAGUUUUACAUGUAACUGCCCCGCUGGAAGAGUUGGAGAAUUCUGCGAAGAGAUUGACCCUUGUCUGCCAAAUCCUUGCGAAAAUGAAGGAGCUUGCAUCAGACUGAGCCACGGCCAGCACCAAUGUAUCUGCACUAACGCUUUUGUUGGUCCACUUUGCACAGUUUCAAAUCCAUGUCUACCCAGUCCAUGUCUUAACAAUGGGACCUGUGUGAAUAAAGGCAUUGCAUUUGAAUGUCACUGUCCAGGAGCCUUUUCUGGAAAGCGAUGCGAAAUUCAGUCCAAGUGUUUUCCAAACCCUUGCCUUAAUGACGCCACUUGUCGUGACGUUGACAUAGGUCGCGGCUACGUGUGUUACUGCUCCAUUGCAUACCUGGGACCCGACUGUGAAAAAACAAAUUUAUGCUUUCACCACAACCCUUGUCAGAACGGAGGCACGUGCAAAACUGAUGGAACCAACUUAGCGUGUCAAUGUCCUCCGGGUUAUUUGGGUUCGCAUUGUGAACAGGCGAACUUCUGUUUUUCGUCGCCCUGCAAAAACGGAGGAACAUGUUCUCCAAAGACUGAUGGCUUUGAAUGUGACUGCAAACAAGGAUUUUUCGGAAAAACUUGUGAAGCUUUGAGCAGUCACUGUUUCCCAAACCCCUGCAAAAAUGAUGGGUUGUGUGCUGAAGUACAGAGCAAGGAGGGCUAUAUUUGUGUUUGCAAGGAGGGAUUUGUUGGAUCGCAUUGCGAAAGAAAAGAUCCGUGCAUUCCAAAUCCCUGUCAACACAAUGGUACAUGCUUACAGGCUCAUAACAGGCGAGGAUAUCACUGCCUCUGUCAAGCCGGCUGGCGAGGAUAUGCCUGCGAACGUGGCGAUCUUUGCUAUCCCACCAACCCUUGCCUUAAUGGAGGAACAUGUUUCAAUGCCCUCGACACCUUUAUUUGCCACUGUCCUAAAAGAUAUUCAGGAAAACAUUGUGGAAAUGACAAGUGUGCGCGUUGUGACGUAAAUGCGAACUGCGUGGAUGGAACGUGUGAAUGUAGACAUGGUUACGUUGGCAACGGUUUCACGUGCACUCCUGUUGGAAAUCCGUGCCAACCCAACCCUUGUGAAAAUGGCGGAACAUGUCGUCCAGGACAUGGUGAAAAACUGUUCGAAUGCACGUGUCGCGAAGGAUUCGUCGGCACUAAGUGUGAAGAAUCCAAAAGUGCAUGUGCAUCAAACCCGUGCGCUAAUGGAGGAACAUGUGUAGAUGCCACAAACAAUGAUGGUUCACUUCUGGAGGGCGUGAUAUUCACAAAUCAUUCACAAUUCAAAUGUGUUUGCCCCAAGGGUUACGCAGGAGAAAACUGUCAGAAACUUGUCAUGAAUAAUCCUUGCUCCACCCACCCAUGUCUCAACAAUGGGACUUGCUUUGACGAUACAAACAGUGCUGGAAUAGAUCUGAAACUACUAAAUGCUUUGGACUUUCGUUGCUUCUGUCCAAUUGGAUACAGUGGUAUUGUCUGCGAAACACCUAAGUCAGCAUGUCACUCAAGCCCAUGCCUCCAUGGUGGGACCUGCUUAGACUCUUCAAACACAGCUGACGUGGCGUUUAACGCUAACGGUUAUAAAUGUCUUUGCGCCGCAGGCUUCAUAGGAAUGAAUUGUGAAGCCAGCUCAGCAUCUGAAUUAAAGACUGCUACAGUCACAGCUGCCCUUCAGGCCACAGCCAAACCAAUAGGAGCACAGGGAUACAAACCAGCAGCUCAGGUGAUAGAUGUUCAUGAACCCUUAGGGACACCUGGUGCACCAUCAGCUGUAGCCUUGGUGCCACAAGAGCCAAAGGAAACAAGCGCAGUAUUGGGACAAUUGGGUACAACCCUACUAGCCAAACCAGUUACAAGUGUAACCAAGCCGAAUGUUGGUCUGACAGCCGAAAUUGAAAGACCCAAUCAAGGCCAAGUUGGUGUUGUUGUGAUUCCAAAAUCUGCCCAAACACCUCCCGCCAAAACGUUGACUGCGACGGUCCAAGGCUAUGCCCCUCCCAGUUCCUUGAGCAGAGGUCUUGCGAUGGCAUUAGCACCAGUUACACCAGGUCAGAUUGGUUACGUAGUGCCUGCAUCAUCAUCUUUACUGCCAUAUGUGGCUUCUCCGAGCCUGGCACCAGCACCUUCUACUAAUUCCCUUCCAUAUGUGCCUUCCAAAGCAGCACCUGCUCAACCGCCAUCAGCAGGUCUCAUUUCGUCACCUCUAGCAAUGUCAUCUCUGCUUGCCGUACCAUCUUCAUCACCUAAAGUAGCUCAGGCACCUGGGAUUAUAAUGCCCCCAGGGCUAUCACCACCUCCGGGGAAUGGACCUGUCACUUUGGCUCUACGAGGAGGGACACCUGUUUUUGGCCUAGCGGCAAGAAGACAAACUUUGAAUCAGAGGUCAAGAAAUCAUGGUCCUUUCUAUUCAAGUUAUAACGGUUAUACGAGUAGGAGCACCAACCGAAGAAAUAAUCAACAGAGUUAUAGACAUUAUCCUCAUACCAGAACAAAUUGGUACUCGAAUCCAAACUACGCGAAUCCUUUCCAACGGAGUUACAGACGCGUAAACAAGAAAAAACGAAGCAGUCACGAUCAAGAGACCUUUCCUCGCAGAAAACCGUCAAAAAUGAGAUCGCGGAUAGCGAGAAUUUUCUUGGGAGCGGCUUUAUUUGUUGUUUUAAGUGAAAUCGCCGCUAGGCCAGCGGACGAACGGGAAUCUAAUUCACAAAAGCUGAAAGAAAGAAGGGGGAAGACACAACAAGAUGGACUAAAAUGGAAACAAACAAAGCUUGAAUUACGCGACUCUUCAAAAGGGCAACACAGAAAAACACGGGUCAAUAAGUCACUGAAGAAAAAGCAGACUCCUUCGCCUUUGAAAGAUGAGAACAGAGAGAGAAAAAGACAGUUUAUAAUGCGCCCUUCACAUGCUUUCGGUCACUCGUAUAUGUUUAUGCGUCCGCCACCAAUGACCCAGAGAACAAUCGUAACAACUCGUAUACCCAGACCUCCCAUGCCAAUACCAUAUAAUCCGUUUUUUGGUCGAGGAUUCUUUGGUGGAAUGCACCAUCUGCAUAACCCUUUUUACGAUGCAAUGGCACAAAUGUAUGGUGAAGAGGACGAAGAAGAGGAAGAACGUCACUGCAAUCCAAAUCCGUGCCAGAAUGGUGCCACAUGUAACGAGGUCAAGGACGGUUAUGAAUGUAUGUGCACUCCUGGUUUCAAAGGAACUGAUUGCGAAGAGGAGAACAAGUGUCACCCGAAUCCCUGUCGCAAUGGCGGAAUCUGCACAGAAGCCAAUGGUGCUUACAUUUGUACAUGUAUGGAAGGAUACAAGGGAAUGAACUGCGAAGAGAAAAAUAAAUGUCAGCCAAAUCCAUGUAGAAAUGGCGGCACGUGCACCGAAAUGGAUGAUGGAUUCGAAUGUUCGUGUCCGGCGGAGUACAAAGGACCUACAUGUCAAGUGGAGAAUCUUUGCUUCCUAAAUCCAUGUCUGAAUGGAGGAACAUGUAUGGAGGUUAUGGGGUCCCACAGUUGCCUGUGUAUGGAGGGAUUCAGCGGAGCCGCUUGUGAAAUUGAAAGCAAAUGUCGAAGCAAUCCGUGCAGAAAUGGAGGAACAUGUUUCGACAAUCACAACUCGUACACGUGUUCGUGUUUGGCAGGAUUUUCAGGAAUCAACUGCGAAACAAUGGUGUCAGUUUGUGACUCUAACCCUUGUCUUAAUGGUGGUUCAUGUCUCAAUCAAGGACCUAACAUUUACAAAUGUGUUUGUCCUCACGGCUUCCGCGGAAAGAAUUGUGAAAGCGAGAAAAAAUGUGAGCCUAACCCGUGUCAGAACAGUGGAGUCUGUAGAGAACUUAUAGAGGACGAAGAUUACAAGUGUGAAUGUUUACAUGGAUAUAGAGGCAAGGAUUGUGAAGAGGAGAUUAACCUGUGUGAAUCAAAUCCGUGCAUAAAUGGUGGCACAUGUUCUACGUUAGGAAGUUCAUACCACUGUCUUUGUGUCGAAGGAUUCAGGGGAAUAAAUUGUCAGGAGCCAGAUAGAUGUCACGCACUUCCUUGUCAAAAUGGUGGAUCAUGCUAUCAGGAAAUCACCGGGACAUACAAAUGUCAGUGUCCAGAGGGAUUUAGAGGUUUCAAUUGUGAAGAGGAGUUGAAGUGUCAUUCCAACCCAUGUCAAAAUGGUGGUACCUGUUUUGAGAACAGUGGUGGUUAUACUUGUACAUGCCAACCAGGCUACAAAGGGAUCAACUGUGCAGAGCGUGACAACUGUCACCCUAAUCCUUGUCAUCAUGGUGGCGUGUGUGAGAUCGACGGCGAAGACUUCACUUGUUCCUGUUCGUCGGGGUGGACUGGAAUCACGUGUGAAGAUGAAGACCACUGUCACCCGAGUCCUUGUGAGCACGGCGGAGUUUGUAUAGCAAAGGGAGCAUCCUAUGAAUGUCACUGUCCCAUACAUUGGACGGGAAUUAACUGUGAAACACCCUCCACAAUAGCUUACGCAGUGGCCAACACAUGCGCUGCCACCACCUACGGCUGCUGCCCUGACGGGAAGACACCAGCUGCAGGACCUCACCAGACAGGCUGCCCAGAACAUAUUGGAGGUAUCGCAAAGUAAGCGGUCCAGUGUUCAUGAUGUCAGCUUCGAUUCUGGCAACUCAGAUAGGGGCCACCUUCAGGAAGAGUACCCUUGCCUGUUAUUUGUAUGAAAGAUGCGGAGUGCAUGCUUUGUUUGAAAGAGUAAUCUAGCUUGAGCUGAGCUCGGAUCAUUCGCAUUGUAAAUAUUAACGCUAAAGUAAUCUAAUCAAAGUAUGCUAUGAACACUAAAUUAGUUGCCACAAGAUGGAUAAAUAGAGUGUGUCAUACAAAGGUACUUUUACCUUGCGAGAUUAGAUCGAAAGAAAUGAUUUAAGAAUCGAUUCAAGAAAGUUUUGCGAACUGUGGGAAACUUACAGAUCAACUAUCAAUUUUCUAUUUUUAAACUGACGUUAGCUCGUUGAAAAUUGAUGGAGUUUCUCAAAAAGUUACUGUUGAAUAUUUGGAAACUGUUUGAUUCUAAGGGUUGAUUUCCGCAUUUUUCACGAGUCACUUCAUUUAGCCCAGUCAGGAGAGGAGCGUGAGCUCAUUUUCCGAUCAGCGGCUAGUAAUCGUGCUGCUGUUGUAAACAACGUAGGAGUAAAACGUCUGCGCAUGUGCGGACGCUGCGGUGGCCAGACGUCAUACUUCAUGGCUGUCAGAGCUGUUUUGACUAACAGGAUCCUGAGAAACAACCACAAAGGCUAGUUUGUCGCAGUGUUUUGAAAACGUGCAGCUUUUUUCGUUAAAGCUUUAAAAACACGAUGAAUGAAUAGAACACACUUCAUGAAAUCAGCAUUGUGUUAGGAAAGUCCUGAGUUUUCCCUAUGCUGCUUUUAUUUUCAUGUGAAAGAUUUCAGUGAACGUUUCCAUUCCUUUUUUGGUUGUUUGACACGCUUUUCUUUUACAUUUUGCGCCGGAAGUUGGCGCGCGACUGGCCGAAAUCGAUCCACUUGUGCAUGCCUUACGUUUGACUCCUGUGUUACGACAAACAGUGGCUGUAUUAAUAUCAUAUCGUCGCCGAUAUUUUGAAUGUUUUAGUUAUCAUUGCUUUACAAACGGAGAUUGGUUGAGAACAGCACUGGUAUUGUCAUGUUAGUUGUGUUGUUACAAACUUGUUAUGCUGGUGACAUUGCUAAUACUCUUUCCGCUGGAAAUUUUCAGCUGUAUUGAUCCGUUUUGACAGGCUCGGUUUAUCUGUUAUGACUUUUCAUCCAAGCAAGAAAUUUUUAUCUGGGCAUGUUUUGCCACCAACGAGUGAAAGGCACAUAGUAUUAAAAAUGUUGAUUUGUACUAAUAAAAGAUGACACUUGAUUUUGAACUUGACUCGGCUCACAGAAGUACUUUCUAAUUAUUAGAAAUGACAGACUCUAGUCCACAACGACUCAAUGUUUUCUUCUCCUUUUUCUUUCGCAAAGUGUAAGUUAAUUAAAGCUGACUUGUCUUUUGAAUUAAUCUCAGGG